AGAGGAACUUCCUCUUCCAGGUCAUCCAGGAGGAGGAUGGCAUCGCUGGUUCCUCUUGUUCUGUUUCAAGGGGUCGAAGCAGAUCCUGGGAGGUGAGUGGAGGGAAGGUCGGAGGAGAAGCCCGGAGCAAGUCGGGCCUUUUGGGUUCCUCCACGGCCUGGAAGCAGCGAAGGGACAAGGCUGAAACAUCUGGGCUGCUGCUGCUGCUGUAUAUUCUUUCCCUCCCUAAAGUUUUGAAACUGCUGCCUGUGAUUUUCUGCUGGGAGAUUUAAAAACAAUACAUAUUGUUCAUAUUUCUUAACCGCCCAUCUCCCUCGGCCUUCAGACAAGGAGGAUGCCAAGAAGAGCUGGACAACAGACAAUGAGAAGCAGCCUUAAAAUGCAAAAGAAGCCAUCAAUCAACAUUUUUUCCCAUUUCUUCCAGAAUGUGUAAAAACUCUUCUCCUUCCUCAGCAGAUGAGAGGCAAGGGAGAGAAUAACAAGAACAAAAUUUUGAGCUAGAAAAAAUAUGUGUAUGUGGAACUGAAGCAAACAUUACCUAAGAAGUGAAGGGGGAUAAUAUUGAAAUGCUAAAUAGUGCAAGUAACUGGACGUCAGUGGGAAGAAAAAGCUUCCUAGGACAGCCAAAAUGGACAGUUAAAAUCCGCCCUGUAGGACCAUAUGGCACUGUUGCUGGGCAACAAGGACCAAAAGCUGUCUCCAUGCCUUGGAAAUGCGAACGCUCUGUUGGAUAUUGGGCUCCUCCCUUCUUGAUCACAUUACAAAUGAUACUAUUCGACAACAUUUUUUUGUGGCACCAAUUAUAGAGAAGGUGAGUGAAGGCCAACUCUGCUGGUAUGGACAUGUCCAGAGGGCAGCACCUUCCAUCCAGAGGUGAGUUUCAGCAGGUUCUGACCAGUUCUGGAGAAUCGGUAGCGGAAAUUUUGAGUAGUUCGAAGAACCGGUAGUAAAAAUUCUGACUGGCCCCCACCCCCAUCUAUUCUUUGCCUCCCGAGUCCCAGCUGAUGGGGAGGAAAUGGGGAUUUUGCAGUAACCUUCCCCUGGAGUGGGGAGGGAAUGGACAUUUUACAGUAUCCUUCCCCUGCCACGCCCACCAUGCCACGCCCACCAAGCCAUGUCACGCCCACCAAGCCACACCCACAGAACCGGUAUGGCUGGUGACCUUUCAGGCAUCCAAAACAGAGAUGGCAAGAUACCAUCAACCAAGAUAUGCAAGCCAUUGGCCUGGGCCCUGGAGAUGCAGCUGACCAUGCAAAAUGGUGCUCAAUAAUGUGAAAAGCGAAAAUGCUAGAAACAAGAUUCCUUUUACUGAAACGUGUCUUAGUAUCAAACCUGAGGAAUAGAAUAGAAUAAUAGAAUAGAACAGAAUAGAAUGAUCUGUGUUAGUUAUAUUUGCCACCUUGAGUUAUUUCUACAUAUAAUAAAGGGGGAUAUAAAUAUAUAUUUAUGUAUUUUUAUACAGUAACAAAAUGUAUCUGGCAAUCCAACUCGUAUAACUCCAUAUGGUUUACAGCAAUGAAACCUUAUUACAGAAACCAAUAAACCCCCGUAUGUAGCAGGUGGCAAAAUGCAAAACCUCGGCAUUUAAAAUGUACUUGUCCUGCAACUACAGGGCACUUUUAGUAAAGUUGAUGGCAUUCUGAUGAUCUGGGAAUCCCAAAAAGGUGAUUCUUGCUUUUGUUCGAUUUUGAACUUAACCAAGCCUCUUGGCCUUACUAAUUAUGUUCAUGUCAGGCGCCAUUCUUGUUCAAAACAGCAAGGAGUCAAAGUGGAGAAUUAGCAGGAUUAGCGGCAUAUAAAUUUAAUAAAUAUAAACAAAAACCUGCUUCCAAAUCAAGUUUCUUGCGUGGAGGCAACUCUCCUAAUCCCAGGGCUUAGAGAACAGCCAGGUCUUCCUUAUUUUACAGAGGACCAGGAGGAUAAAGGCUUGUCAAACUUCAUGGGAAAGACUGUUUCAUAGGGCAGGGUCUGCAACGCAAAAGACACACUUCCUAGCUCCUAUCAGAUGGCAAUAUUUAACGGAAGGGGCUAGCAACAUGUCCACCCUAUCUGACCUGGUAGAACAGAUAGAUACUAAAAUAAUAAAGGUGGAACAAUGAUGGCAGCUGUCUAGUGAUUAAAGUGCAGCGUUGCUGGCUUACUCUGCCCACAGCUUGGAAUUUGAUCCUGACGGCGCUCGUGGUUGAGUCAGCCUUCCAUCCUUCUGAGGUUAAUAAAAUGAGGAUCCAGCUCAUCGGGACAAUAUGCUGACACUAUAUACUGAGAGUGCUAUAAAGCAUUGUGGGGGGGGGGGUUGCUAUUGAUAUAAUAAAGAAAUGGCUUUAAAGGUAAUGAUCAGCAUCUUCACUUGCACCUUAAAAGAAAUGAAUCCAGUGCAGCUCCACUACAAAGAUGUUAUACAUGCAACCUAGGGACACUGUUACUAUGUGUGCUGCUGCGUUCUGGACCAGUUAACAGUUUCUGGAUGGUCCAGGGCAGAUAAUCCAUACAGGAGGUGACCAAGGCAAGAAGGACCCACUGUGCAAAUCCUUCCUGGUCCAGAAAAGGCCAUAAUUGGCUGACGAGAUGAAUCUAUGCAAGGCCCCUCCCCUUUCACGAUUUCCUCGAGUGGGAGCCAUAAGUCCAGGAAGGCCCCCCAGGUUCUGUACCAGUUCAGUCUCCAAAGGUGAUCACAUGACCCCAGGACCCCGAAAUGGUCACAAAUAAGAUGCAAUUGCCCCAUUCCUAAAUUUUGAUGGUGUGACAAUGGGGGUUACUGAAAUAGUUGUGAGAAAAAGACUUGGAAUCUUCUAUUUACACCGGAACUGGCCAUGGAGGCAGAAGUAGAACCACUAUAAUAAAGUGCUCCCUAUUUCCAGUCCUGAAAAGCUGGUCUAUGGCAUUGAAACCUGAUGGGAGGUCUAGAAGGGACAUAAUGGUUGCAUCCUGUCUAUCUCAAACCCUCCAAAAGUCUAUGAGCAUUGCAACCAAUGGCAUUUUGGUGAAGUUCCCUGGCCUGAACUGUCAAGAGUUUUUUGCGAAAUCAAAUCCAAAAAGCACAUACAGGUAAACUGAUUCAGCAGGAUUCAUUAACUUCUUUAUAUACAUAAUAACACAUGGAAGUAAAUUUACAAUACCAACAGCAGAUUCUUCCAACGUGGUAGAGAGUUACCAGCAGAGGAGAGAAUAGUGCUUAGUUUCAAUUCAGCAGAGCAGAUAAGCCCAGACUUGUUUAGUUCUCAGCACAGAUCCAGAUCUGCAGAGCCACGCCCAGACUUCUUCCAGUUUCAGUUUCCAAUUCCGCUCCCAUUGGCUGAAAUGUUGCCAUGCCUAUUCAUUGGCUGACCUUAUUACUAUGUCUUAUUCUAGCCAGUCCCCAGUGGCUGACCUGUUGCCAUUGUGUUUACCUCAGUUCAUGAAUAUUCUGACAUGAACCCAGUCUGAGAAGGGCCCAGGUGCCUUUCUCCUCCUGCACAGCCCUUUCUCUGGGUGUCAAAGUCAAAGAGUGAGUUGAAGUCCCAGGCUGCCAGCCUUUCAUUGCCCUCUUCAGCUGCACUUACAAAAUAUCUUAAUCUGCAGAAAUGCCUUCAACUCCUCUGGCAGGAAAACCCUUCAUGCAUAAGAAACUGCUGUUGAAGGAAUCAAGCCGGUCAUGAUGCCAAGUGUCCGGAAGGAGGGAAAUGACUCUUCCAGCCCUCUCUUGAGCUUGGAAAAGAAAUAUGGGUAUUUCUUGGGUUGUGACAGCAAUUGGUGCCAGAAUUUCCAUUGCUAUGCAAUGAGGUUAUAAAAAAUGACAUAAUGGGACUACAUUGCUUAGUGAGGGCAAUCCUGGCAGUUCCAGUGGCUGUGGCUAUUCUAGCACUCUGUGGGUCAUUAAGUGAGGAUCUCAUGUGAUUUGGAUGGGAAGAGGUAGGUGACCCAGGCAAGCAGGCUAGCAGCUGAGAGUUACGGGCAAGUGGGUGGUCCCCAGGCCUACUCCUUCUUGAGCCUGGGAGAGGAAUUGAGAGCCAACUAUUAAAGCCCAGGACUCUUUAGAUCAGCUGCCUACAAACUAGCACCCUCCAAAUCUUUUGCCCAAACUGCCUGGGAAUAUUCAAUGCUGGAAUCUUGACUCCUCUGGAAAUUGACUCCUCAGAGCAAUCCUGCCCUCUAGUGAGAUUUAGGCCCUGCAAGAAUGCAGAUGGAAAAGGUAAUUACUCCUAUCCAGAAGUGUUUGGAAGCAAUGGCUGGUUGUGGGAGGGGAAUUCAAUGUUUUCUCCCAUAUUUCAUUCUUUUAUUAAUGGGAUGAAGCUGGCAAUCCUUUAAAGCUGAUGCAGCACCUACUUAAUCUUGUGAAGCUAAGUAGGAUCAAGCUUCACUCUUCAAGCUUCACUCUUCAAGCUUCCCUCAGUUGCAAAGUCAGUUUUGGGGAGUUUUCCUGCACCCCCAGGAUGAAGAACUGGCUGGCGUAGUCUUUGCUGAUCCUGUAGGGAGGCGAUCUUUUUUGUUGUGUGAAGGCACAUUGUGUUCCACCCCCACAGAUGCUUUCCCUUGGUUUAGUUCUUCCAAAGGAAGCUCCAGGCUCAGUUGAAGUGACAAUGAGGACGUCCCUGCGAUACCCCAAAGGACAGAUUGGGGCUAGAUCGUCCUGGAGAAAAAUUCAUUAAAAAAUCUUUAAAACAUCAGAUAGAGACAGAAUGAGCGUAUUUUCAGUCUUCUGUCAGUAGAUGGAGCUCUAACACUACACUGGAAAUCCUCCACUCUAAGAGCUGCAUUGGUGGUGGCUGAGCCGACAUCUAACGGGAGUGAUAGAGUUAAAACCACCGAAUAUUGCUAGAAAGGCUCUAGACCAGAGGAGAUGGGGAGGGGAACUUCCUCUUUCGGCUCCCAGAGGCGAUGGGCGGAGUGGAGGGUGGCUUUUCCCAGGGUCCAAGCAGCAGCUGGAAGCAGGUGAGAGACAAGGGAGAGAACAACAACAACAAAAUUUUGAGCUGGAAAAAAUGGAGUUUAUGGAACUGAAGUAAACAUUACCUAAGAAGUAAAGGGGGAUAAUAUCGGAAUAAAGAAACAGUUCAAAUAACUGGAUGUCAGUGGGAAGGAAAAGGUUCCUUGGACAGUCAAAAUGGGGAGACACAAGAGCACUUGCACUGGGAAGAAACUCUUUGGAUGUCCAGAUUGUGGAAAAAGUUUCACUUGGAAUUCCCAACUGGUGAUUCACCAGAGGACUCACACAGGAGAGAAACCAUAUGAGUGUCCGGAUUGUGGGAAAAGUUUCCAGAAGAAUUCCCACCUGGUGCAACAUCAGAGGACUCACACAGGAGAGAAACCAUAUAAGUGCAGUGAUUGUGAGAAAAGUUUCAGUCUGAGUUCCAUCCUCUUCAAACAUCGGAAGACUCACACAGUAGAAAAACCAUAUGAGUGUUCUGAUUGUGGGAAAAGUUUCAGUCAGAAUUUCCACCUAGUGAAACACCAGAAAACUCACACAGGAGAGAAACCAUAUGAGUGUCUAGAUUGUGGGAAAACCUUCAGUCAGAAUGAUAGCCUGGUGAGACACCAGAGGACUCACACAGGAGAGAAACCAUAUAAGUGUCGUGAUUGUGGGAAAUGUUUCUCUCAGAAUUUUAACCUGGUGAUACACCAGAGGACUCACACAGGAGAGAAACCAUAUAAGUGUUGUGAUUGUGGGAAAUGUUUCUCUCAGAAUUUUAACCUGGUGAUACACCAGAGGACUCACACAGGAGAGAAACCAUUUGAGUGUCCAGAUUGUGGGAAAAGUUUCAGUCUGAAUUCCCACCUGGUGAAUCAUCAGAGGACUCACACAGGAGAGAAACCAUAUGAGUGCCUGUAUUGUGGUAAAAAUUUCAGUCAAAAUUCCCACCUCGUGAAACACCAGAAAACUCACGCGGGAGAGAAACCAUAUGAGUGUCUAGAUUGUGGGAAAAGUUUCAGUCAGAAUGACAACCUGAUGAAACAUCAGAGGACUCACACAGGAGAGAAACCGUAUAAGUGUUUUGAUUGUGGAAAAUGUUUCUCUCGGAAUUCUAGCCUGGUGAUACACGAGAGGACUCACACGGGAGAGAAACCAUAUAAGUGCUUGGAUUGUGGGAAAAGUUUCAGUCAGAGUUCCCACCUGGUGAAACACCAGAAAGCUCACACAGGAGAGAAACCAUAUGAGUGUCCGGAUUGUGGGAAAAGUUUCCAGCAGAAUUCCCACUUGGUGGAUCAUCAGAGGACUCACACAGGAGAGAAACCAUAUGAGUGUCUGUAUUGUGGGAAAAGUUUCUCUCAGAGUUCUAGUCUGGUGAGACACAAGAGGAUUCACAAACGAGAGAAACCGUAUGAAUGUCCAGAUUGUGGGAAAAGUUUCACUCGAAGUUCCCACUUAGUGAAACACCAGAAAACUCACGCAGGAGAGAAACCAUUUGAGUGUCUAGAUUGUGGGAAAAGUUUCAGUCAGAAUGAUAACCUGGUGAAACAUCAGAGGACUCACACAGGACAGAAAGCAUAUAAGUGUUCUGAUUGUGGGAAAUGUUUCUCUCGGAAUUCUAGCCUGGUGAUACAUGAGAGGACUCACACGGGAGAGAAACCAUAUAAGUGCUUGGAUUGUGGAAAAAGUUUUAGUCAGAGUUCCCACCUGGUGAAACACCAGAAAGCUCACACAGGAGAGAAACCAUAUGAGUGUCCGGAUUGUGGGAAAAGUUUCCAGCAGAAUUCCCACCUGGUGGAUCAUCAGAGGACACACACAGGAGAGAAACCAUAUGAGUGUCUGUAUUGUGGGAAAAGUUUCUCUCAGAGUUCUAGUCUGGUGAGACACAAGAGGAUUCACAAACGAGAGAAACCGUAUGAAUGUCCAGAUUGUGGGAAAAGUUUCAGUCAGAAUUCCCACCUGGUGAAACACCAGAAAACUCACACAGGAGAGAAACCAUGAGUGUCUGGGUUGUCGGAAAAGAUUCCAGCAGCUUUCUCACCUGGUGAAACAUCGGAAGACUCACACAGGAGAAAAACCAUAUAAGUGUUGUGAUUGUGGGAAAGGGUUCUCUCAUAUUUCUAGCUAGGUGUACACAAGAGGACUGACAUGGGAGAGAAAUCCUAUGAAUGUCCGGAUUGUGGGAAAGAUUUCAGUACUGGGUCGAGCCUUAUAAAUCAUGUAAGGUUACACAUAGUGAAGUAACCAUUCAACUACCGAGAUUGCAGAUAAACAUCGUUUUGCACAAAAUUCUUCCCUGAUCACAGUUGGGGCAAAAUUUGAUGUGUGUAAAGGAAUGUUGAAAUUGGUUUCUUGUUUCAUUUGAAAGCCAGCUGAGUAAUUUAGCAUUUAAUUUCUUGCAUGAUUCUUUUAAUGAAACAUGUCUUAUUAUCAAACAUGAGGGGUGGGGUAGGGUAGGGUGGUCUGUUUUAGGUAUGUUUUCCACCUUGAGUUAUUUCUACAUAUAAUAAACGGGAAUAUAAAUAUGUAUGUAUUUAUGUAUUUUUAUUCAGUAACAAAAUGUAUAUGGCAGCCCAACUCAUAUGACUCCAUAUGGUUUACAGCAAUAAAACCUUAUUAGAGAAACCAAUAAACUCCCGUAUGUAGUAGGUGGCAAAAUGCAAAGCCUCUGCAUUUAAAGUGUAUUUGCCCUGCAAAUACAGAGCACUUCUAGUAAAGUUGCUGGCCUUUUGAUUCUUGCCUUUGUUCAAUUUUGAACUUAACCAGGCCUCCUGGCUUUACUAAUUAUGUUCAUGGCAGAUGCCAUUCUUGCUCAAAACUGGCUAUCUUUUCUUUUAUGUACACUGAGAGCAUAUGCACGAAAACAAAUUCCUUGUGUGUCCAAUCACCCUUGGCCAAUAAAAAAUUCUGUUCUGUU